AUGGGGAAAUCCGGUUACGACUCCGAUAUUAAACAAUCAAAGAAGCAACCGACGAAGAAAAGAUCCGAGAUGUAUAUUGUUAUCAUUGUAUCAGAUGCAAGCACAAAUAAUAACACAAUGCAGCCAGUCAAUGUUGGAGAACCAAUCUUUGCCUCACCUCCUCCACCCCUGUUGCAACAUGUUUCCCAUGAAUUAGGAGAGGCAGGAUCCCAAGAGAGAUGUUGUGACCGAGUUAAUUUAGAACAUGGUAAUAAUAGUGCUAACUAUAAAUUUAUAUUAAUAGUAGCCAAUUAA